AUGGAUCAAAGCGAUGUUGUCGACCCAAGCUUCCCGAAUCAAGAUGAUAUAAUACUAAACCAGCAGCUGCUUGAAGUUAUUCAAACUCUCUAUAAAUCAGAGAGCGAAGAAGAAAGCAAAAGAAGACUAGUCGUCCUUGGGAAAAUCAGUGAAAUUUUUCGCGAUUGGUGCUAUCAGACCAUUUUAAAGAAGCCUGGCAUGAACGAAGAAAUGGCUAUGGCUGCAGGUGGAAAAAUUUUCACCUUUGGGUCAUAUAGACUAGGAGUUCACGGACCUGGCACUGAUAUUGAUAUUUUAUGUGUCGCGCCUCGUUACAUAACUCGUGAGGAAUACGAACGUGAUAUGUAUGAAGUCCUCAAGAAGCAGCCUUCAGUUUCGAAAAUUACGGGUGUGUUUAAGACAAAAGUGCCACUAAUCAAGAUGGUAUUUGAUGACGUUCCUAUAGAUCUACUGUUCGCGACCCUUGGGUCAUUUGAUAGGAUAGGUGACGACUUGAGGAAUCUGAUGGAUGAUAGCGUGAUUGCAAGAUGUGACGAAAAAACAACUCUAAGUCUAAAUGGUCCAAGGAAUACAGAUAUAAUGCGAGCGCGUCUAUAAAUCGACCUUGACUCCCCUCCUCCCAUUAUUUUCAGUUUAGAUAAAGGAGUAAAAAUCAAUUUGAUCUGUCAAACUUAUCAUUUUCUUUUUCCUGUUUCAUUUAAAAUGAAACUGUCAAGGGAUCAGAAAGGGGAGAUGGAAAGCAAGGUCGAGCCAUAGUUACUCUCGAAGUAUACCACACUUUCAUUAGUACCUAAUCUAGCUAAUUUUAGAUUGACACUGAAAGCAGUAAGAUUAUGGGCUAAGAGAAGAGCGAUUUAUUCUAACGUGCUAGGUUUCCCAGGAGGAGCAGCAUGGAGCAUCCUAGUUGCAAAAAUCUGCAGGAUGUAUCCUAAUUACUUGCCAAACCAGCUUGUAAGAAAAUUUUUUUACGUAUAUGAUAUGUGGGAUUGGAAUCAAGCUGUUUUCUUACGACAAGUUGAGCAAAUGCAGGUUUCCAGCUCAGAGCCAGGACUUAUUAAUGUAAUGACUCCUGCAUAUCCUUCUUUCAACUCAACUCAUACUGUAAAUAAACACACAAAAAAAGCUCUCUGUGAUGAAUUCCAUCUGGCUAAUAAAAUCCUAACUGAAGUUGAAGCCAAAAGAGCAGCCUGGACCGAUAUUUUUGAGCCAAUUGAUUUUUUCAACGAAUUUCGGCACUUCUUAAAGAUAGAAGUCCUGGCCACCACUACAACUGAUUUCGAAGACUGGCAUGGAUUUAUUUUAACUCCCCCCCCAUCCUUGAUCGAACGACUCGCCGUCGUUCGAUCAAGGAUGGGGGUUAAAAAAAAUUUUUUUGGGAAAAAAAUUUUAUAUAUAAAAUAAAAUAUAUAUAUAAAAUAAAAUAAAUAUAUAUAAAAAAAAAAUAUAUAUAUAAAAAAAAUAUAUAUAUAUAUAUAUAUAUUUUUAUUUACUUUUAAAUAAAGAGUGUUAAGAGUAUUUAAUAAUUAUUUUUACAGCAAAAAAUUGAAUUAAUCUCAUAAAAAUACCAAUUUUUAAUAUUUUUAUUUAUUAGUUUACCCCUUUUAAAUUGUAUAUAAAUUUAAUUUGUUUUUCUUAUUAAAUUAAAUUUUUUUUAAAAAAUUUAAAGAAUCUCUAUUUUUUUUAGAUUAUUGAGUUUUUAAGCCUAGGUUGAUGACUAAAUCACUUCGGAUGGUUGAUUCCGAAGCUUUCUGUCGUCUCAAAGCCUCUGAUAGCAACUUCAUUAUGCACAUCUUCCCAAACUUUUGAUAACUAAUAUAUUUUUAUAUAUAUAAAAUUUUGCAUGAUAUGAAAAUCGUUCGAUCAAGGAUGGGGGUUAAUUUUCCCAAUUUUUAGGAAUUUUUACAGUCAAUCGUUCGAUCAAGGAUGGGGGGGGGAGUAAGUAAGUAAACUAAAACUGCUGCUAUAUGAAAAUUUAGAUAUUUUAAAGCCAGCUCCUUAUGUAAGAGUUUAUACUCAUGAGGUGGAGUUUACAGAUUCUGUUUUCCCAUAUACUAUUGCUUAUUAUGCUGGGCUCAAGUUCAUUAAGCAGCCAGUUUUAGAGUCAAGCAGAAGUGUCGAUUUGAAGUUCCCAGUCCUCAAGUUUGUAGACGUGAUCUUCAAAAUGAGAAGAGAAAUGGGAUACAAUGUUACAAAUACCAACUUGAGGGUUAAAUAUUUGACAGCUGAAGAAAUUGAGCCUGAACUGAAAGCAAGGCCGGGUGUUUCUACUAGAAAAAGAUUCAGAUCAUUUGAUGACACGAUUGAUCCAGAAAAAAGAAUGAAGCUUGACGCAGAACUCAGAGGGAUUGUUUCUGCUGAAAGCCUCCCUGAGCCUGUCGUUAUGGAGCUUGCUGCUCCGGCUGUUACUCAGCCAUCAGCUCCUCCAAAGAAAAGGAUUACUAUAAAUUUAAAGGCUAAAAAAUAA